AUGGCUCAGGACGGCUCGAACUCUGCAGUCCCUGGACAGACCCAGGAUCCAACAGAACAGUGCUCGUAUCUGCUCAGCAGUAUCGUUGUACUGUGCAUUGAAACAGGUCUGUACGGUAAUGUUGCAACACAUAGAUCACCUGGCUGCACGAUGUGGCUAGCCACUGGGAUUAUGUUUGCUGUCUCUUCAUCUCAUUACGCCGUCACUUGGCUCACAACUAUCACAUCCAACAAACUUUCAUCGAUCGAGGUAUCUUCAAGUCAGUUGGGAACUGCUCUGCAAUUCCUGCCUGUGAUCAACUAUGUCUUCAGUGACCUGAUUGUUCUCUGGAGAGCUUGGGUUCUGUGGGACCGUGAUAUCUCUCCGCGAGUCAUGGGCUUCUUCGUUUUCAUCUGGGCUGGCACGAUGGGUAACGAGCUUCUGUCAUCUCAAAUAUCAUCCAGGAACUCACUCGCACACACCAUCAUAGUGACAGCGAUAGCUUGUGCCGAAACGACCAAUACAGACUCAUUCGUCUCCGGGACAGGUCUUAGUGCUUUCGAAGAUGGUAAAACAGGAACAAACAGGACGUACAGCCAGUGGUUCGUGUGGGGAAUGUCAUUAUCGGCGAACGUGAUGGGCACUGGGUUGAUCGGAUUCAAAGCUUGUACCUCUGGAGACGAAGACCCCGACCAGCCAGUCUUCAUAUUCGCCGCCGUGAUGCCGGUAGUCCUCGUCCAGGUAUCAGUGAGCGGCUCCUCUUUCGUCCUACCUAUCAGUUCACAUCUCAACAGAGAUGUCCAGGGAAUCUAUCCUACGGCCAUAGUUGUCCUCGUCGCUCUCCACAAAACCCUUCGGGACAUGACAGCAUCUCAACAGGAUACACCUACACAGGCGUUAGAGUUUGCGAUGCGAAACGUCCCAUCAUCAGUCGUCUCGCGAAUGAUCGGUUUAAGAACAAGACAGUCCAUCCAGCCCUCCGCUGUUCAUAUCAGUUUCGAUCAGGCCGGCAGUGGCGACUUCGAAAGUAGCGUUGGUCUCACUAGAACUUCGGAUACUGCUGUACUGGACGGACAUGCCAUAGUCGGACAAAUAGAAGACGAAGAGGCUAUGGUCAGCGGCGCCUACCGCCACACUCAAAAGUACCCACUGACGGUCAUCAUAGUCAUUUCUAACGAUCGCUGGGAAUGA